GAGGUUUUCAUUAUAUCCACCAUGUUCAAGUUCGGUUUUGUACUGUGUGCCGUUCUUUGCGCCGUGUUGACGCUGAGCCAGGGGCUCUAUUUGGCAGAGAAGAAAGUACCGGAAAAAAACGUCGAUGGCAUGGUAAAUAAACUCAUUCAGGAAACGACUAGAGGAUUGCAGCCGAAGAUAUCGCUACCCAAGAUGAACGAAGAUUUCAAAUUGAGAGUGAUGAUAAUUAAUUUCCGAGGUACGUUGGAAGCAGAGGGAGGAUGGUUGAAGAAUAUGACCACUCUAACAAGGACUGGCCCUGUUGAACUGAAAAAAGACAAGGAGACCGUUUCCGUCAGUUUCCCCGUCCGUCUGAACGAAUUGAAGUUCGGCUUCGACGAGAUCAAGAUUUCUGUUUUAAGUACAGGUGCAAGUUGUAGCAUUGACGUCAGUGUCGGCGAGAACAGUUUCAACGUGCGUUUCACAGUCAAGAAAGACAAAUCAGGCUGUACAACAACAUUGGACAAGACCGAUGUGACCAGUUUCAAAAAUUUCAAGACCAAGGCAACUGUGCGAGGACGGAAAGUAACCCCCUAUGUUUACAAUGUUGGGGUUAAUUUAAUGGAAAACCAGUUUUACGGCAAAAUUGGUAAAAGUUUAUCAGAUUAUCUCAAACAUCAUUUCGAUGAAGUUUUAAAAAAGAAUGUCAUGUGUCAACUAUUAAAUAUGUAAAUAAAGAAUUUUUGUUAAAUA